AGGAAAAGAGCUGUAGAAGUUUGGGGAUUGCGGAGUUAUGGUGCAGGGCAGGGCACGGAGGAAAACGGGCAACUCAUAACGUUCAAUAAAUAUAUAAUAGUCUUUAGGUAUACCGAGUAAUAUUAUUCCGUGGACCGCCUGUCACGAACUGUAUUCCAAAGGGCUCUCCACAAUAAUUUAUUUCCAUUUUAAGAAGAGAGAGACAGAGACGGAAAGCAUUCGCUGUUACUCCUAAAAAAAAAGUUGCAGUGAGGUCAGUGAAGAAGACAUGGUGGAUUAUUAUGAUGUUCUGGGAGUGUCAAGAAGCGCCUCUCCGGAGGACAUCAAGAAGGCGUACAGGAAGCAGGCUCUGCGAUGGCACCCGGACAAGAACCCAGACAACAAGGAGGAGGCGGAGAGGAAGUUUAAGGAGCUGGCUGAGGCCUAUGAAGUUCUGUCAGACCGAAGCAAGCCAAAGGCAUAUGAUACCUAUGGCAAAGACAGAAUGCCCAACAACACAGGCUCCAGUAGUCACCCUGCUCCGGAAGAUUUCCCAGGGUUCACCUUCACAUUCCGCAGUCCAGAGGAAGUGUUUCGGGAAUUCUUCGGUGGCCAGGAUCCUUUCGCCAAUUUCUUCGAUGACUUUGCCUUUGGAAGAGGGAUGCACAGUGGCGUCCAUGGACAUCCUGGCACUUCGAGGCUCGGCCCCAGUCGGUUCUCCUCCUUCCCCUCCGCCGGAGUGCAUGACUUCACCUCUUUCUCCUCCUCCAUGGGUGGAAUGGAUGGGAUGGACCGCAUUGGAGGAAGGAUGGGGAAUUUCAAGUCUGUCUCCACCUCUACGCGCGUCAUCAACGGCAAACGCACCACCACCAAGAAGAUCAAAGAAAACGGUCAGGAGAGAACAGAGAUCGAGGAAGACGGGGUCUUGAAGACGGUGCUCAUCAAUGGUGUGGAGGAUGAGUUGUCUUUGUCUCCAGAGCUCAGCAAGAGAGACCAACCGCCCCCCAGUCAACCCUCACACACAGCCAGGCAACACCUCCAGCAGCAGGCAGAGAGGAUGGUACCAGUGGAGCUCCAGACCCAGACCCAUCCACACCGACCAAGCCCCAUCUCUGACCCCCGGUCUAUGGCCCAGAGCUCCUUCAGCUCAUCCUCCUACUUCCACUGCCCUGACGUCCCCAGUGAGGAGAAGGAAGAUCUCCAGAUGGCCUAUAGACUGUCUGAGAUGGAGGCCCGGCAGAGAGCGUCCGUCGCGACUUCGGCAGCAGACGUCCUCUCAGGUGCUGGGGGUGUGGUGGUGGUGGGGAGGGUGGUCCCGGUGGGGAGGGUGGUCCCAGGCCCAGGCCAGCUUAGAACACCAGAGGAGACGUCAGGGGACAUGUCGCCACACAGCAGCCCAUCUCCGCUGAACCACAGGGAGCUACCAGAGGGGGUCCCAGAGCCUCCUACACACCCCCAGGAGCAGAGAGGCACUGGGGAUCCUGCUGCUAAAACCACCAGCAGCAGCACUGGAAAAAUGAAAAAUAAGUGUUGCUGUGUGAUGUGUUGAGUUUAUGGUGUGUGUGUGUGUGUGUGUGUGUGUGUGUUGAUUGUAUGGUUUGUGUGUUUGUGUGUGUAUGUGUGAGUGAGUGUGAUGCUCAGGGCAGAGGACAGACAGGAGACCACUGGUCUCAGUUCUACUCUGGUGUUAUGCUGACAAUGACCAUCAUAAAGUAUACUGUAUAUUAUAAACUGGUUCGUUUGACCCCUGAAUGCUGAUUGGCUGACAGCCGUGGUAUAUCAGACCGUAUACCACAGGUAUGAAAAAA